ACGUACACCCAAGUAGAAACCUGACAAACCACCAUGGCCGUCGUAAAGGUAUCGCCGGCAGAACAGAAGCUGUCCGCUUCAGAUAUCACGUCGUCCUCCUCGGACUGGGUCUACGAUGCACACGAUACUCCUUCACCCGCACCGGAUCGUCGCAGUGCCAAUCCCAGUCCCCGUCCUAGGACUAUCGCCAGAUCACAGCCAAGUACACAGCCGACGCCAACGCCAAUUGCAACUCACGCACCAGUGGCAGCACCGAAGAAAGAUGUCCACAAACCCGCCAUCCUCGAAAAACUCCUCGAAGUCCCCCUCUCCCUCCUCCGCCUCCUAACCUCCCUCAUCGCCCUCUUCACAACCCUCCUCGCCCUCCUCGCCUCGCCCCUCGGGUUCAUCCUCCUCCUCGCCGCGACACCAUUCCUCGUCCCCACCCUUCUCCGCCUCAUCCUCCGUUCCGCUUCCGAAACGGCUCGAGAACUGUUUGGGGUUGAGUCGUUUGCGAAACUGAUAUCCGUCCCGUUGUUGCCCGUGAUUCCGACGUGGGUUGCGGGUGUGCGGGGGAAUAUGACGGCGGUGAGGGAAAGGGUGUUACCGGUUAUGUGUCGCAUUCCGGGUGUAUCGAUCCUCGCAUCCGACAUCUGCGUGAACUACACCGCAGCAUCAUCGUCUCCCUCCAACAAGAGUCCCUUGGGCGCAGACUUCCCAGCCCUCAUCGACCUCCAACUCAAAUCCUUCUCCUCCCUCCUCACCCCCUUCCGGUCCCCGCCCUCUCCCUCCUCUGCCGAACUCACCGACACAUCGUCCGACGCCCUCGCAUCCCACCUCCAACAAACCCAAUCCGCAGCCUCCGAUCUCCGGACACUCAUCAAACUCUCCUCCCUCGCCUCAAAAGAGGCUCUCGACCAAACUCUUGAGGAGUUCGCUAUUGGUGCCGGAUGCGCUGCGCGGGAGAUCCGAAGGCUGGGGGCGAGGGUCGGGGGCGCUGUGGAUGGGGCAAGAGCGGUCAAUGGGUGGGCUAUGGGUGCGUUGCUCGCAUUACCGCCUCCGCAAGAGGAUUCGCUGGCUGGAAAACUCAAAAAUGCGCUCUCACUGCGCAACCCUGCUGAUGUCAGCCGCACCCAAGUCGCCCGAAUCUUCGCGGCAAGCAUGUCGGCCCUCGAAUCCUCCCUCCACGAAUGCAUCACCCAAUCUCACACAACCCUCUCCACGCUCGACCACCUCGAAUCCACGCUCCAAACCCUCCACACCCUCCUCCACACCUCCAAAUCCCACAUCAACUCUGCCCGCGCCGACAUCCUCUCCGAUCUCUGGACCUACCUCGGUUCCCGCACGGCGCGUGUCCAGCUCCUCCGUCACCGGGAACAUCUGGAGCUACUACAAACAGUGGAAGUACAGAGACGGGUGGCCAAGGGGCAUAUUCUUGAAGUGUUGGGGGAGUUGGAGGAGUUUGAGGCGGGGUUGCAGGUGCUCAGGGAACGGGUUGCGAGGCCGGUUGUGAUUGGGGAGGGAGGCCCGGAGGGGGGUGAGGUCGUGCCGGUUGAGGUUCACGUUGCGAGUAUUCAGAUGGGGAUUGAAAGGUUGGCGGAGAGUAGGGUUGUUGGUGGGAGGAGGGGUAGGGUUGUGGAGGGGGAGAGGGAGGGAGUUAGGGUGGUGAGGAUUACGGGGGAUGAGGAGGUGGAGUGAUUUAGUCUUUGGGUCUUUUUUGAUAUUUGGUUAUGGCCCGGGGUGUCGAACGCAGUCCAGCGUGUAGCCAGAUACCUUUGCACUGCCACACGUUUGCACUGCCACACGUCCUUGAGCACGUGCACUCCCCCCCGGAAUCUCCCGGGACCGUCUCGGUUAGCGACCUCGCUUAGCGCGCUUGUUUAGGCGAACCACCCGAGACAAGCGAUAACAUGCGAUUGUGCUGAGAUGAGCGAAUGAGAGGGAGAUGCUCUGUGGAGAAGCGAUCGUGCGGUGACCGUAGGGGCUGAGCAAUCUACAGAUCAGCUGGCGGUGCGCUGCGAUAUAAAGCCCAUGGGGUUCCCGGCUUGAUGGCUCGUCACACGGACUCUCAACCCUUCCCUCGCUACCAUGAAGUUCACCGGCUCCGCCCUCGCUCUCGCCUCAAUCCUCCUCGGCACCUCCUCCGCCUCUCUAAACCCUAACCCUAAAUAGGUUGAUACUUUUGAGCUCAGUG